UAGGCUUUCUAGCCAUAGCCAGCCAUGAGGUGAGAAAAUGAAAGAAGCCCAACACCUAAAAAAUACAUUGAAGAACACUAUCUCAAGUUUAGUCCAAGAAUGCAGGAACAUGAGAGAGCUUAAACAAAUCCAUACCCAUAUCCUGACUUGUCCAAAUCUUUCAAACAAUGACCAACAUUUUCUCAUUACUCGUCUCCUUUACUUUUGCGCCAUUUCUGAUUGGGGCUCUCUCACCUAUGCUGCCAAUGUUUUCCGACUCAUAAACAACCCAAAUACCUCUAUCUGUAACAUAAUGAUCAGAGCUUAUGCUACUAAAAUCAAUGGAGUUGAUAACACAAAUGCUUCAUCUCGGUCUUUGAUUCUAUAUAAGCAAAUGCUUUGUGAUGGCAUUGCACCUGAUUUCCUCACUUUUCCAUUUCUAGUAAAGGAAUGCACGACGAGGCUCGAGGGUGACAAGGGCCGAAGCAUUCAUGCCCAUGCCAUCAAGUUUGGAUUUGAUAAUGAUGUUUUUGUUGGGAAUUCUUUGAUAAGUCUGUAUUCGGUUUGUGGGUAUUUGAGUUGUGCCCGGAAGAUGUUUGAUGAAAUGUCGAACAGGGAUGUGGUUUCUUGGAACUCGAUGAUUAUUGGGUGUUUGAGAAGAGGGGAACUUGAUAAGGCGUUGGAAUUGUUCAGGAGGAUGAAGAAGAGGAAUGUUAUAACUUGGAAUUCAAUUAUAGUGGGGUUCAUUCAAGGUGGUCGGCCGAAGGAGGCCUUGGAAUUUUUCCAUGAAAUGCAGAUGGUAAGGGAUGAGAUGGUUAGACCGGACAAGAUCACAAUUGCUAGUGUCCUUUCAGCUUGUGCCUAUCUUGGUGCAAUUGAUCAUGGUAAAUGGAUGCAUGGUUACUUGAGGAGAAGUGGCCUAGAGUGUGAUGUGGUAAUUGGCACGGCAUUGGUUGAUAUGUAUGGCAAAUGCGGAUGUGUGGAAAAAGCAUAUGAGGUCUUUAAGGAUAUGCCUAAAAGGGAUACCUUGGCAUGGACAGCAAUGAUAUCGGUGUUUGCUCUUCAUGGGUUUUGUAAAGAGGCUUUUGAUCUUUUUGAAGAGAUGGAAACGCUUGGGGUGAAGCCUAACCAUGUGACAUUUGUUGGGCUAUUGUCGGCUUGUGCUCACUCUGGUCUAGUAGAGAAAGGACGCUGGUGUUUUGACAUGAUGAGACGUGCUUACUCAAUUGAACCACAGGUUUAUCACUAUGCUUGUAUGGUUGAUGCACUUGCCCGUGCUGGGCUUUUUGGAGAGGCAGAAGAGCUUAUUAGAGGCAUGCCAAUGGAGCCAGAUGUGUUUGUUUGGGGUGCGUUACUUGGAGGUUGUCAAAUGCAUGGGAACAUAGAAUUAGGAGAAAGGGUGGCACAGUAUUUAAUUGAUUUGGAACCUCUGAACUAUGCUUUUUAUGUGAACUUUUGUGAUGUAUAUGCCAAAGCUAAUAGAUUUGAUGAUGUAAAGAGAAUUAGAGCCUUGAUGAAAGAAAAAGGGAUAAAGAAGGAAGUCCCAGGCUGCAGCAUGAUUGAAGUUGAUGGGGUUGUCCAUGAAUUUUCAGUGAGAGGAUCACCUGAUGUUUUAAUGGAGGAAGUAGUCUGUAUUUUGAAUGGGUUUAGUAACUUGAUGAAGAUAGAAGGAUUUAUGCUUGAUCAUAAUAAGAAUUCAUUGAAGGCAAACAUUAUGUGAUAACAUAGUUAUAUUUUAUUUCAAAGCAAUUUGUUUAUAUGCUCACACUUGGGAAACUGACAUUCUGCUGUUUGUGGAGUUAUUGAAAGUUAUUCAAGAACCUCCAAGCACUAUUAUGAAAAGGAAUUUAUUGUAUGAGGAAAAUUUAUCAAGUUAUACUUAAGGGAAUGAGAUAUACAUCCCUAGGAGAAUAAGGUCGCUCUUGAUUAAACCUUAUUUUAUAGGCAACCCAUGUGUUCUGACAAAAUUUACAGUUGCUUGCCAUUACUGAUCCAAAAUUAUCAUGUUUCCAGAUUUUCUCUACAACGUUUAUCUUGACUUAAUUUCAGUCUGACGGAAAGAAGAAAAUAUUAAUUGAAAGAUCAGCAGCCAUGAAAGUCUUCUCAAUGAAAGCCGACCUGUUUUCUCUGAAUCCAAUGGUCAGAAUAAAUGGCGCCACCAACAUAAGCUUGUGAUGUAUUAAUUCUAAACAAAAGUUUUAAGAGAUUUCAGCACAGCUGUUUUUUGAACAAAUGCAACAAAAUUAGUUUAUUUUCCAGAGAGAGAGCAACAAAGCAAUUGAUGAAUUUGCAGGAUAUCUGGACAAAAUCAACUUUAGACUCAAAUUUUAAUGUGCAUUUGGGGUUCUUCUGGCUCAGAUGAGUUUAGAAAUUGUUUCUCUGAAGCCUUUGAUGACUUAGCAAUAUCUGAGAGAUGGUUGCAGAAAAUUUCCUUCUUGUUUGGCUCUUCAUUGCAACCUCUGCCUGUUGGAUUAAUUUAUUUAAUUUCGUGAACAGAGGCAAAUGAUAUAUAUUGUCAAUUGUUUGGUGGUGACUGGUGAGUGAGAAGGAUCCAAAGAAUAUGACAGAAAUAUCUAAGAGAUGUUGCUCACUUUUAACAUUGUUGUCAAGGACACAUCUGCAAACACACUGAAUUGGUUCUUUUGCAUGCUCUGUAAACACCGUUUGGUUCAAGAGAAGGUUACAUGUGAAGUGAGAGAAGCAGCUGAAGCUGAUAGUAUCACAUCUGCAUGAUGAAAUUGCACGGAUGAUCACUGAUGCUUCCCUUGAAAAGAUGUGGUAUCUUCUUAGACCACUUUUUGUUUGACCCCACUCUGCACAAUAUUGAGGCUCAAACACUUGAAAAAAUCUUGGCAGCGCUGUGCAAGAAUGACAGUCUCAUAUGUUAAGUGGAUGUUAUGCAUCACAUUUUUUGUUCCCCCUUCACUUCUUGUUUCUUUCAAGGAUUGCAUCAGAAAUAUCAAAUAUAUCAGGUAGCCUUCUUAUUUCCAGCCGUAAACCUAUAUCCCCGUGGUACUCAUGUUGAUCAACUUAGAAAGUAGAAACUAAAACAUACAGCUGAGCUGACCAUCCACUGCUAGGAUUGUAACGCUAAAGAAUGGGUCCAGGCCUGUAUUCUAUGUAUGAGACAUUUCCCUUGCUUCAUUAAGAUUGAACGUGCAGCAAAUAUGGUAUUGUCUCUCGAUUGUAACCAGAUACUGAUUAUUCAUGUCGUCAGGGCUAAGUAGACAUCCUUCAUCACUUCUUUAUCUUUUCAAAAUAAGAACUUCGACUUUCUUUGUUCAUGGAA